AUGACUCGUCGCCUCCGUCAACCAGAACCAGUCCGUCGCGCCUUCACGACACCCAUCCCAGCCAACCAUGAUGGGGGUCGUCGGUCUGGCUCACUGCGGCCCCUGGCCAGGGACCAGGCCGAGGCCGAUGCCACGACCGUUGCCUCUGAGGAGGCUGAAGACGACGACGGGGCUUCGGCCCAGGGGGAUUGGCAAGCCCCUGAAGACUAUUUGUCUUCAGGUGGCGAGGAGGAGGAGGACGACGACGACGAGGGCGGGCGCGUCAAUCUUGAUGAGAUUGACGCCCCGGUUGCGGAACAGCUCCGCGCCGGGCUCGCUCACUUGAGCGAGGUCCGUGUCGAGAUCGACGUCCUCGACGGCGAUCUCCCUAUCGGCGCCGCCAGGGGCAACCACGCGGCCGUCCGUGCCCGCACGGAUCUCGUUCUUGCAGAGGGCGAGAUCCGGGGUGCGAUCGGUUCGCUGUGGAGGUCGCUCCUGGAGGCGAGGGAGAUCGCCGUCGAUGCCGAAGCCGGCAUUCGGCGGCUCCAAGACGAGGUCGCCCGCCUCGCAACCGACGUCCUCGAGUCCCGACUCGAAGCCGCUCUCGCAAGGGAGCGUGCAGUCUCCAGUGAGGCUCUCCUUGAGAGGGCUCAGUUGGAGAUCGCCGCCCUGCGCGAGAGACUUCGAGAGCGGGAGCUCUGA